CAUGAGUAGUAAAUAAUCCAUUCUAUCUGCUUCUCCACUGCGAACAACGAAAAACAUCCAUGGUUCAAUUUCUCCCAUAUAAAAUCGGCUCAAUUUUCCCCUAAUUCUGCGGCUGAAAAUCGCCGCAGUCUAUGGCGUCGUUAUCGCCGCCGUCUCCCGUUCUAUGCCAUGCGGGAACUCCACCUCGAGGCAGGAGCAAUGAGCUCAGCAGAAACAGUAGGAUUGCGAGCCCUAACAGUAAGCAAAACGGCGGCGCGCUGGGGAACGUCAUUGAAGUCGUGAAGAAGGAUGUGAAGUUUAUGGGAGAUGGCUUGAGCAAAGGAUUGGAAGUAGUGCAUAAGGAUGUGAAGGUUUUAGGAGAUGGUUUGAGCAAAGGAUUGGAAUGGGCGAAUAAGGCGUUUCGGAUUCCAGAGGUUUCGAAGACGGUGGAGGAUUUUGUGUGGCUGCGGAAUGUGGAGGAUCCCCUGGCCGCGGCGCUCCGGUUUCCGUCGUGGCCGCAGCCCUGCUAUACAGAGCUCACUGGUGCUGAUUUGUUUAUGGCUGAUAUCAUGGCCUUAGAGGUGUAUUGUUGGUAUAUGUACUCAUUAUCCAAGAUGUGGACAAAGCCUCUUCCUGAAACAUAUGAUGCAGAGGCAGUUACAGAGUAUUUCACCUUGAGGCCUCAUGUGGUGAUCCUCCGGCUUCUUGAGGUCCUUCUUGCCUUUAUUUCUGCUACAAUCAAGUCCAGAAUCUCUAGCAUCAGCUGUGAUGCAGAGGAGGAUGCUCGCAAAAGUGUAUCUGAUUACAAUUUUGGGAUAAUUUUAAAAGACACGAUUCUGAAUUUGGGUCCAACUUUUAUCAAAGUUGGUCAGUCCCUUUCUACAAGGCCAGAUAUAAUUGGUGAUGAAGUCUCAAAGGCAUUGUCAGAGCUGCAUGAUCAAAUCCCUCCGUUCUCACGGGCUGAAGCGAUAAAGAUUAUAGAAGACGAAUUAGGUUUUCCUGUGGACACUCAUUUUAGCUAUGUCUCUGAGGAUCCGGUAGCUGCAGCUUCAUUUGGGCAGGUUUACAAGGCCAAAACCCAUGACGGAUUUGAUGUGGCUGUGAAAGUUCAGCGUCCUAACUUACAUCACAUAGUUGUUCGGGAUAUUUAUAUUCUUCGUAGAGGGCUAGGACUUCUGCAGAAGAUAGCUAAAAGGAAAAAUGACCUUUGUCUAUAUGCGGAUGAAUUGGGAAAAGGUCUGAUAGGGGAGUUAGAUUACAACCUUGAGGCGGCUAAUGCAUUAGAAUUCAUGGAAGCUCAUUCUCGGUUCACAUUUAUUUGUUUGCCAAAAGUAUUUAAGCAUUUGACUAGGAAACGAGUUCUAACUAUGGAAUGGAUGGCUGGUGAUAGUCCAACUGAGUUGUUAUCUGUUUCAUCUGAGGAGUCCAACCUAAAGCUUCUUGAUUUGGUUAGCAAAGGUGUGGAGGCAUCACUUAUACAACUUCUUGAGACUGGCCUGAUGCAUGCUGAUCCACAUCCGGGAAAUUUGCGUUGCACAUCAUCUGGGAAACUUGGGUUCCUUGAUUUUGGUUUGCUCUGUCGGAUGGAGAAGAAGCACCAGUACGCUAUGCUUGGUGCCGUCGUUCACAUUGUAAAUGGUGAUUGGGCAUCUCUUGUGUAUGAUUUGACGGAAAUGGAUGUGAUUAGACCUGGGACUAACAUAAGGCGUUUUACCAUGGACCUGGAAGAUGCCAUGGGGGAGUUGGAAUUUACCAAUGGAAUACCAGAUGUCAAGUUUAGUCGGGUACUGGGAAAAAUAUGGUCUGUCGCUCUAAAGUAUCACUGCCGCAUGCCUCCAUACUAUGUUCUUGUCUUGCGGUCUCUGGCAUCUUUGGAAGGAUUGGCGGUUGCUGCGGAUCCUACAUUUAAGACGUUUGAAGCUGCAUAUCCAUAUGUUUUUCAGAAGCUUCUUGUUGACAAUUCUGCUGCUACAAGGAGAAUCUUGUACUCGGUUGUGUUCAACAGAAGAAGAGAAUUUCAAUGGCAAAAGCUUGCUGUUUUCUUGAGAGUUGGAGCAACCAGGAAAGGGCUGAAAUCAUUGGUGAAACAAAACACGCAUACUUCUCUCGAGCAAUCUGCAACUGGAAUCACUCCAGAAGUGAAUCUCACAAACCUGGCAUUGAAAAUUUUACCAUCCAAAAACGGCCUCGUUUUAAGAAGACUCUUGAUGACUGCAGAUGGAGCUUCACUGAUUCGAGCGCUCGUUUCGAAAGAAGCCAUUUCAUUCCGCCAAGAGCUUUGUCAGGUCGUUGCAGACAUUUUAUACAAAUGGAUAUCUGGAGCAAUGGAGAAAGGUCUCAAUAUCCCCAAAGGUAGCUCUCCAUUCACAGAUGCAUCCUCUACAAACGACGAAUACAAAUCUGUCUUUACAGAUCGUCGUCUCAGAGUGAUCUUCUCCAAGUGCUAUAAUUCUGCAAGGAAAGAUCCUCUAUUGGUCUUAAGAUUCUGCUAUGCUUCAUUAUCGAUGCUCUUCAUGGCAUCGGCUAUGGCUUGUCGAAGAGUGUUGGCCGCCCUCAUCAGAGCUUACUUGAGUCGCGCAUCCUAUAACUGGAAGCAAAUCUCUAUAGCCAACUAAGGUACUGCUCGAAGCUUUUCCUUGAAGAUAAUCUAAGAGGAGCAAAACAUCCGUUGAAAGGUUACUCUGUAGAGAAAAAAGCUUAUAAAUAAAUAGUGUUAUUUUAAAAUUUUUGACUAUGUAAUUAUGUAAAUGGUAAAAUCUUAUCCCUUAAAUACUUUUUUUUACCUACAAA